AUGGCGCAAACGAUUGUAUUGGGUCAAUGUAUUCUCGGGACAUUUUUAGCUUCUCUCUUCGCGUUUGUGCUUCUCUACGUUUUGCGUCGCAGUAGUAACGUUGAGAAAUCAAACCGGAGUAAGAAGAACCGUGGCCUCGUCGUUGCUCAGAACGACGACCUAUCAAGGAAUCUUGCGACGGAGGAUGAUUCCGGCAUUGAUGUUAUCAUCGUUGGAGCUGGUGUUGCAGGUGCCGCACUUGCUUAUACACUCGGCAAGGAAGGACGAAGAGUUCAUGUUGUAGAAAGAGACUUGUCCGAGCAAGAUAGAAUCGCUGGUGAAUUGCUUCAACCUGGAGGUUACCUGAAGUUAAUCGAACUUGGCCUUGAAGAUUGUGUGAAGGAGAUAGAUGCUCAACGUGUUCUUGGAUAUGCUCUCUUUAAAGAUGGGAAACAAGCUAAAGUUUCAUACCCUUUGGAAACACUUGAUUCGGAUGUUGCCGGGAGAAGCUUCCACAAUGGGAGAUUUGUGCAUAAACUGCGAGAAAAGGCUACUUCUCAUUCAAAGGUAAGGUUAGAGCAAGGAACAGUCACGUCAUUGCUUGAAGAACACGGAACAGUUAAAGGUGUUCAAUACAGAACAAAAGAGGGUAAUGAGCUUGUUAGAUUAUACGCUCCUCUCACAAUUGUAUGUGAUGGUUGCUUCUCCAACUUGCGUCGCUCUCUUUGCAAACCUAAGGUGGAUGUGCCUUCAUCUUUUGUGGGUCUUGUCUUGGAGAAUUGCGAGCUCCCAUUUGCGAAUCAUGGCCAUGUUGUGCUCGGUGACCCAUCACCGAUCUUGUUAUAUCCCAUAAGCAGCUCAGAAGUCCGUUGCUUAGUCGACAUACCUGGUCAAAAACUUCCUCCCAUUGCAAACGGUGAAUGGCAAAGUAUCUGA